AUGCUUAAUCCAGCCAGCAAAGACCAUGGAAAUGAUCCGGUGAGCAUUUAUCCUAAUACGAAAUUCACCCUUAUAAAUAAUUGUAACUCAGCAUCGACCUCCAGCAAACUUCUCUGACCUUCCCACCGAGCUGAGAUUGCAAAUCUAUGAACACGUACUUCCUGGCCCAGAAUACGUGUUUAUAUUCAAAGAGUCUGAGGAGUUUCGAAAGAAGGUACCGACGUCCAUCUUCGCGAAUCAGUUGAGACAUAAAAACAUACAAAUAAGACCUAUGUUACUUCUCAAUCAAGAAGCACGUCAAGUCGCGCAAAGAUAUUCCGUCAUAAACCAUGCUCACACUAGCCAAAUAUUUUACUUCGAUGUAAAGCAAGACACGCUUUUGUUGGAGUCAGAUAUCCGAGUGAUAAGAUCCGAAUAUCUGAAGCGCAAUUAUGAGGUACCUCUACUAGGAUUUGAGCAUGUGCAGAAAUUCGCAAUCUUCUUUUAUUACAUCGUGUAG